GUUGUCAUCCGUCGAGAGGCUGGAAUCAGGAAGUGGACUUUUAAUGUACUAUUUUGAUCGAGCUCGUCGCUGUUCAGCUAUCUAAUUUACAAGUUUAAAAUGGGGCUUUUUGGAAAAACGCAAGAGAAACCACCGAAGGACCUUAUCAAUGAAUGGUCUCUGAAAAUCAGAAAAGAAAUGAGGGUUAUUGACAGACAGAUUCGAGAUAUUCAGAGAGAGGAGGAGAAGGUGAAGAGAUCGAUCAAAGAUGCUGCAAAGAAGGGACAGAAAGAUGUAUGCAUCAUCCUCGCCAAAGAGAUGAUUCACUCAAAGAAAGCUAUCAACAAGCUGUACGCCUCUAAAGCCCAAAUGAACUCUGUGCUGCUCAGUAUGAAGAAUCAGUUGUCUGUAUUAAGAGUGGCAGGUGCCAUGCAGAAGAGCACAGAGGUCAUGAAGGCCAUGAACAGCCUGGUUAAAAUCCCAGAGAUUUCAAACUUUUUCAAACUUUCUAGUCUGGCUUUCCCAAUGUACCAUGACAUGAUGCAUUUACCUCAGUUUCUGGUAAAGAUACUUGUUUUGAUUGAUGUGGCUCUCUCAUUAUUACCUGCACUGAAACAAAAUGGAUAUGAACCAAAGAUGAAAUUAUUGCUUUGUUUAAUAACAGGUGCACUUGGAAAAGCACCCAGAAAAGUCACAGAUGCCCUGCCUGAACCAGUGCCGAUUGGAGCCACGGCAGCCUCAGAAGGGGAAGAAGAAGAAGAAGAAGAAGAAGAUAUCGAGGAGAUGCAUUCCAGGCUAGCAGCGCUUAGGAGCUAAAAGACCUGUUUUUUCCCCUUGAGCUCUAUAGGCAUAGACAACAUAUCUUACUUCCUCUGUAGCUUUUCUUACCCAUAAAGACACUUUGGUACAUUAAAUUUAGCACUAAAUUCGGACUUCACAUAAAAUGAACAAAGCUAUAUUAAUAGUGGAUAUUGAAAUAAAAGGAACCCUAUAUCACAUAUAAUAAAGAACAGUGAAGUCUGAUAUUUAGUUGUUAUAUAGUAGCAGGUGGAUGGCUAUUUCAAAUCAUUCGCUUUUUACUUAAUCCCAUUUUAUUUCUAGAUAUUCUGACUCCACUGAUUUGGAUCUAUGCCUAUAGUUAAGCAGCUUGUCCAAGAAUCUAUUGUGUAGUGACGUCAUAUCGUUGGUCGAAAUCGUUUGUCUCAAGCCUUAUUUAGGCGAAGUGACUAGUUCUUUCCUAUAUCUGGUAAAUUGUUUUUUACUGAGUAGGACAACUUGAUGGAAGCCAUUACUUGUAAAUCUUGUACAAAUACUGAAUAUAAAAAUAUAUCUGUUUGCAUUGUUAUUUUGUAAGUAAAGUUGUUGGCAAGUUAUAAAAGGCUUUCGGAAUAAAGGAAUGGUUGUGGUCAAUAACUGA